AAGAUUCAGUUUAAUUUUGGUCGGCGUCAUGAAUUUUGUGUUGUGCAUUGUUGUUGUAGAAAACGAACUGUUGAACUAAUUUUUCUUUUUAUUUUGCAUAAAUUUGUAUCACAAAUGGUAAAGUAGCUGCAGUGUGAAAUGUUGCAAAGAAUCUUGAAGAUUAAAAUGUUAGUGCAUGGUGACUGUGUAUGGUGGAUUGUGUUAAGCUUGUUUCUCUUGUCCCUGACAAAGGAUAUCGGAGCCCAGCGAAUAAAAAGUCCCGCGCCAGACUUCCGCCGACACAGAAUAGUCCACCCAGUGCUGCAUCAUGGACGGACGAAGAGGGAGAUCAGCUCUACGAGGCACACGGAAGGCCUUCACCACCCAGAGGUGACGAUGACGCUGGCCAUCGAGGGGGAGGAACACAUCCUCGACCUUCGGCUGAACGAGGACCUGGUGGCCGGAGACCACGUCAUCAGCUACCAGAAAGACGGGAAGACUGUUCUACAUAAGCCGACCAUUGAGGAAUUAGACAUAUGCCAGUACUCUGGCAAAGUGAGAGGCAAGAAGGACUCGUGGGUGGCGCUGUCGACCUGCCAUGGGGUCCGGGGGGUCAUACACGACGGGAAGCAGAUGAAAUACGUCGAGCCUGCGCAAGUUGAAGACACCGAGAUAGGAUCGAAACAUUACGUGUACGAUCAUUCUGAUUUGACGAGCCAUUUCCACUGCGGCUACCAGGGUGGGGUGACCAACAACACGGAAUACGAUCCCGAGCUGAUGAGGAGACAUCUUACUGAGCAGAGCAUAGGGAAGAGUCGAGUUAAUCGGUAUAAAAGAGACACAUCCGAGGACACCGAAGUCCGGGGUCCGUUCAACGUCAACAAGAAGUCUCGGUUCGUGGAGCUGGUGCUAGUGGCGGACAACGGCGAGUACCGAGCCAAUGGGGAGAACAUCCACACGGUGCAUCGCCAGCUGAAGGACGUCGCCAACAUCAUCAACUCUGUAUACGCACCUUUGAACAUCUUCAUAGCGCUAGUAGGGGUGGUGGUCUGGACGGAGCAAGACCGGAUCCGUCUAGAGGACGAUGGUGACGCCACGCUGACUCACUUCCUCACCUACCGGAGAGAAACUCUGCUCAACGAAAUACCCAACGACAACGCGCAUUUGCUUACACGGAAGAAAUUCAAAGAUGGCGUCGUGGGCAAGGCAUUAAAAGGCCCGAUCUGCACGUACCAGUAUUCCGGAGGUGUGGCGGCCAACCACUCCGAGGUCAUCGGCCUUGUGGCGACCACAAUCGCCCACGAGAUGGGCCACAACUUUGGCAUGGAGCACGACACGGAGACGGACUGCAAAUGUCAGGAUGAGAAGUGCAUCAUGAGUCCAUCCAGUACAUCGGUUACGCCGACUCAGUGGUCGGACUGCAGUUUGAGGUCGCUCGCGCUUUCAUUUGAGCGAGGAAUGGAUUAUUGUUUACGCAACAAGCCGAAGCGCCUGUUCGACUCGCCGACGUGCGGCAACGGGUUCGUGGAGCCGGGCGAGCAGUGCGACUGCGGGCUGCGCGCCGACGCCGCGUGCGCCGCGUGCUGCCACCCGCGCGCGUGCGUGCUGCGCCACAACGCGACGUGCGCGUCGGGCGAGUGCUGCGACCCGCUGACGUGUCGGCCGUCGUCUGCGGGCACGGUGUGUCGGUCGGCGGAGCGCGAGUGCGACCUGCCCGAGUACUGCACCGGCGUCUCGGAGUUCUGUCCCAAGGACGUGCACAAGAUGGACGCCACGCCGUGCUCGAACGAUCAGGCCUACUGCGUGCAAGGCUCCUGUCGUACCCACACGGACCAGUGCCGCCUGCUGUGGGGCUCCACGGGCUCCAGCUCCGACGUGCAGUGCUACAACAACUCCAAUAUUAAAGGAGACAAAAAAGGCAACUGCGGAUACAGACGCGCUACCGAGCGGGACCCAGCCCAAUACUAUCGUUGUGCAUCCGAAGAUGCGCUGUGUGGCCUGCUGCAGUGUCGACACCUCAACGAGCGCCUCGAGUACGGCAUGGAGACCGUGGCCACGCUGUGCGCCGCCUUCAUCAACAACAACGGCACUAUAAUAGUGUGCCGCACGGCGAUGCUCGACAUGGGAACACAAGACGUCGACCCCGGGUUGGUGCCCGACGGUGCUAAGUGUGGAGAGAACAAGAUGUGCUUGAAACAGAAGUGCGUGUCGGUGCUAGCGGUGCGCGAGCAGAUGUCUCGCCGCGAGUCGUCCGUCUGUCCGUCCGACUGCUCCGGACACGGCGUCUGCAAUUCCGAGGGUCACUGCCACUGCGACGCCGGGUUCGCACCUCCACUAUGCGCUCUGCCCGGCCCCGGCGGUUCCAUCGAUUCCGGUCCAGCCACUGACUCUAGCAUUCAAAGGAACUUCAUGGUGGCAAUGUACAUCAUAUUCCUCGGUAUCCUGCCAUCGAUUCUACUGGUCCUAUUCCUACUGUACUACUCGAGGCACAACGUGCUACUGUGGUGGAAGAAACCCAGGAAAACGGUCCAAUCACCAAAGAAGAACAGCCUCCAGCGACGUCUGUCUAGAAGCGCUAGCAAAUUCGCGGCCAACUUUCAAAACAGCGCGCAAAAUAACGCACAACCCGUCAACGUCCACACGCUAUCCAACCCUGACGAUAUGAGCUCCAGCCUCCUCAGAAGCGACUCCGAACACAGUCCUUCUGGAAACUUGAACCCUUCUGUGAACUUCUUCGGCAAUUUCAAAGGCUUCUCGCUCACACCUAUCGAUAAGGAUCCACCGCAAAACGAGACAAAAGGCAAAUCUGAUGUUUCUAAAAGCGCGAAGAUAACACCUGUACACAGGAGUGGUAGCAACAGUCAAAAUCUAGGACAAGCUUUGAAACCGGUUAUGCGAUCUGCGCCGCCUUUACCCGUUGUCCCUAUAACCACAAAACCCAACACUAGUCCUUCAGUCAAAAGAACGAACAGUUCAGUCCAAAAUCGAAUAAAAGCAUUGAUAGCUUCGGAAAAGGAAGAAGAGCCAAUCGUCUCUAAUCCAGUUCCAAGACCGGUCAUUUCCAGCCCCAUUCUAGAAGCAUCUACUUGUACUGCGAAGGAACUGAUUUCUCCUCUGCAAGGCUCAAAAACUAUGGGUCCCAUAAGAGCAGCUCCCACUGUACCGAAUUUCUCACCAAAUCUACCGCAGAGACCUUUAAGCAUGCAUUCUGCUGGGAAUGUCCUGCAAAAACCUCUGCCCGAAGAACCAAAGAAGGUCAAAGAAGGUAUAUCCAUAAACAGAAUAGCGUCUUUCCUGAAACAGGAGAAGCAUAAAGAGAAAGAACGGAAUCCUGUUGAAAGGAGUCAUUCGUUGCCCAAAAAUUCGAAUAAUCAAGUUAAACUGCUAAAAACUGCUGAUAAAGCAGGGUUGCGUAAUUUGCAAAUAUCGAAUCCUAUUUUGCAAAAAGAUAUAGAAUUAUCUGUGAAUACAGUACCAGUGGUAUCCGAUUCGGAGGACGGAGACGAUUCGAAGGCCUUCGUCAAUCGAGCCCAGAGUAUGAGGGCACCGCUUUCUCAGAAACCAACGAUCCAAAGCUUUGGUUCGAUGAGACAAGCCGCCGGCGCUCCGAGGCCUUUGUCAUGCGUUGGAAGACCGACCGCCCCGCCUCCUCCUCUACCAAACCAAUCGAAAGCCCCAGAAGAGCCAACGAUUUACCAUAAACCGAAACAAAUUGAAGUGAAAUCCACCGACUACGUGGACGCUAUAGAGGAAAAACCUGCCCCUCUAGCUCAUAUAGAUGAAGAAUCUGGUGACAACAUUUAUGCUGUUAUAGAAGAGAGUCCCGAACACCGUUACAAGCCUCUAUCCAAAUCUUUGCAAAAUAAAAACCCAAAAACACUACCUGCAGAAGAAUACAAAACUCCCAAACCCAUAAAUUCGAAUUCAGGAAGCACAGAAAGCAUGGGAUUGUUAGGGGAAAUCGUCUGCGAAAUACAAAACCGCAACUUCGAUUCUAUUUAUUCUGCGUCCACCCUCUCGAGAAAAAAAGAGAAGGAGAGAAUAAACGCUGAGAACAAAAGAGACAGCACGUACAUGAACUCAGAUUAUAAAACUCCAGAGAGCGUGUACAGUAACUCUGGAGCGAAAUCCACUGCGUCUACCACAAGCAGUGGUUAUUUACAUCCGUCUGCUGUAAACGUACCAACUUAUAUGCAAAAGGAAGAUUCAAAACAGGAGACGGAUAAAACUAAUUCAAAAAUACCAACGUUUACAAGACAAGUUACUCCUCCAGGUCUAAGAACUUCCACGUUCAAAAGUGUACCACAAUCACCAAAAACAGUACCGAAAAGCCUCAAAACAAUACCAAACAGUCCGGAUUUAGUAUCCAGUUGCACUGUACCGGAUGCGAAGAAUGUUAAAGCGCCCGACGUAAUUAACAAUAACAAAGUAGAACCACCCAAAUUAGCAGUUAAACCAACUACAACAUUAAAAAGCAACGACAAUCGGCCGCCUUUAAGACCAGCUCCUGUAGUCGACAAAAAACCUGCAAAAACCACUCCAGCGUUAAAACCAACGAAUUUAUCGACAAAUAUCACAAAAAUCGAUAAAAAUCCGCCCUUAAAUCGUACAAAUUCCAAAACGGACUCCAAUGUCAAAGCGAUAGCGGACAGUAUGAACAAAAAUCGGCCGAAAAUAGUUCCAAAACCCAGCGCGAUAACGCAAAAGACUGAUACAAAUAUAAAACCGAAUACAACGAAGUUAGCAACAAAACCCUCGAACGUUGCGAGUUUGCAGCAGAAAUUUGAAAAUAGAAAAUCUUUAGGCAAAGACAUUGCAGCUAAAAAAUAGCAUACAACAAACAGCUAAUAGGAGUUAAUCAAUUCAAAGAUCUCUAUAAGUUAACGCUUUAUUUUAAAAGAAGUUUUUUUUUUUUUAAUGAAGUGUGAACGAGACGUCCAUUGGACAACGCGAUAGAAUAAAGAGAUUAGUUAUUUUUAAUAGUUAUUUCUCGACUUAUAAGAUGGAAGUGAACAAUAUUUACAGAGAUUUUAGUUCAUAUAAAAUUACAUAUUUUUUGUAAUAACUUUGACUGUGAGAUUGUGAUAGCUAGACAUACCUCAUUUACAGUGGAAUUCAUAGAUGUUGUAGGGGCACUCCCAGGGGAUCUUUCAGCCGCUGAAUGUCGAAUUUAACCUCUAUUUGUUUGAGAAUUUGGCACUCUGCGGGUGAAUGAUCCCCUGGGGGUGCCCCUAUAACGUCUAUGAAUUCCACUGUUAAUGAAGGCAGGAAGUUUGUUAGGCUGUUCUUCUACUAUAUGUAAGUAUGAUAGCCAAUACUAGUAUGAUAGCCAAUACUAGAGUAGUUGACACUAUUUUUAAAAUAGUCUUAAAUUGUUCAUUAUCGUUCUGAUUGACAAUUUUUAAAUAUUAUUUGACGAAAACCAAAACGCUGUCGGCCAUGAUGGACUAUAUUUAACCGUUUGAUGACGUCACUUCACAAAAUCUUAACCAAACAGAGUGUUUUGACAAAAUUAUUAAGUAGUUAAUAAUAAGUUUGACGUGUAUUCCUUUAGUGUCAAGUAACAUAGUGACGUCACAAAAUGGACGACAGCGUUUUUUGACGCUUGGAAAAUUUAACAAAUACAUAAUUUUUGAAUUGAGUUUCAUACGAAACGACCUUACCUAUGGUAGAAGCAAAAGUCGACUUUCGGCCUUCAUAAAAUGAGGUAUAUAAUGGCUAUUUUAACUGUUUCCACUAGACAUUUUAUAACGUUUGCAUAAGAUGUCUUAUGACAAACUUCAGUUUAUUUACUAGUGAGUUAUUAUAGUACGAUUAUUAUUAAUUACUGAUGUCACUGAUGUCAGUGUGUGUGUGUGUAUCAGUCAGUCAGUCAGUUUACUGACUGGAAUUAAUAAUCGUAUAUAUGAUUAAUCUUACACUAAGAUUAUUAAUUGCAGUCAGAAAAAUAACAUCAGGGACAGUUGUACUUGUCAUUUCACUGACUUAAGUCGGCCAACUUUCUGAAAAUUUAACCAUUUGACUCCUAAAUGGACGAUCGGUCGUCCAUCGUAUCCGUUACGUGACAUGUCAAAAAAUAUGAAGUAAACCCACUAAGGGCAAUAGGCGAGCACAGUAUCAUGCUCCGCGCGAUAGAGGAAUAUAAAGAUUUUUUUAAUGGCUCACAAUGGUAGAUUAAAACAGCAUUUCCUGACUGUCGGCUUCUUCAACGCAGACGGGCUCACCGACAAAAUACUCGCGGGCCGCGAAUACGGGACUUUUGGAGAAUAUUUAUGGUUGGGGGGGGGGGGGGGGGGAGUUUAGUCGGUACCAAAAUUACAUGAAAAUAUAAAACUUAGGUACGAAAGCCUUUGUAUAUCACAUUUAAAAAUCAAAACAAUCGCGCGCCUCUUCCGCUCUUACGCCUCAUGUAUUCUGUAGAGAGAAAGAGAGAACGAAAUCACGCGCAACUUGCGUGCGCGCGUGUAGGUGUUGUGUAUACUUUGGUAGAAAAUGCGGGACACGGGACUAUUUUACUAAUUAUUUCAAAUCGGGAUUACAUGUAGCAUAAUUACGGGACGGUCCCGCAGAAUACGGAACGGUUGGCCACCUUGUACUGACUGGAAUUAAUAAUCGUACUAUAGUAGUGAAUACGUAACCGCAAGUAAGGAUUUGUAUACAAACAUUAUUAUCUAGUCGUAUAUGUUAAAAGAAAGGAAUUUAGUUUUAGUUUCUCUAAAUCAUUAAAUAAUAGACACUAUUAUUAUUAAUAGUAAUAAAUUUAGUUUAGUAAUUAUUAUAUGAAUAAUUGAUUAUUAUUUUUUCAAAUGAAAGUGUUCAUAUUUUGAUAUGGAAUGGCAUUUUGAUGUGUAGAUUACGAGUUUUUCUUAUGAAGUUACGAUAGGUUGUAAAUAUAUAGAUUAAAUGAAUUUCAUUGUAUGCGAUAGCGCAAAGUAUAGUCUCUAGCAAUCUAAGGGCGAUGCUUCAUUAGUGCAUAGUCGCAAUGGAUCAACGCUUCACAUUGCCACAAAUGCGUUGCGUUGACGCACAACGUCGCAGCAGAUCAACGUAUCACAUUGCCAUGAAUGCGUUGCGUUGACGCACUACGUCGCAACGGAUCAACGUGUUACAUUGCCACACCUGCGUUGCGUUGACGCACAACAUCGCAGCAGAUCAACGUAUCACAUUGCCAUAAAUGCGUUGCGUUGACGCACUACGUCGCAACGGAUCAACGUAUUACAUUGUCACACCUGCGUUGCGUUGACGCACAACAUCGCAACAGAUCAACGCAUAACAUUGCUUCAAAUUCGUUGCGUUGACGCACACACCCAGUCAGUCUCAAUUCAUACAAAACAAAUGAGCACACUGUCCGCAGUCUGUAGAAACGUGGUGUGCGAUGACGCAUUGCGUUAAUGUGGCAUGUCACUUAAAGUUAAAAUAUAUGGAGAACAACGCAGCGUCGACGCUGUGACAUCGUAAUGCAACGCACUUAUUGGGCAUCGCUCUAAAGUGUUAGGUUAUAGACAUGGAUUGAGAUUUAAAUCUCAAUUCUCUUCAAAGUAAAGUGGACCUAAUCACUACUGUUUAAAGUUCACUUUACUCUGAAGACAAAUUUUUAAACCUUAAUCCAUGUUAUUGAAUAUGGCAGUUUGCGUUGCGUAUAGUAAAGAAAAAAGGAUGGUAUGGUAAUGUAAAUCCAUUUAAGUACAUGAAACUUCUUUAGUUAGCUGUAUUUCAGAACAUGAAUUAUAGUGUAAGAGCCUGUGUUGGUCAGACCUUCGUCAAUGAAUAGAAUAUUUUUUUACGUAUUUAGUUGUCAUACAAUAUAAUGUUAUCUAUUAGUCUAUUUUGUUAGUGUUGCCAAUGUAACAUUUUUGAUUUUCCCUACUUUUAAUUUCUAUUCAAGGAUUUAUUAUUUAGGUAUCAUAUUUAAGCAACUAAAUUAGUAGGUUCCGGUUAGUAAGCUCAACCAAAAUGGCGGUCAUCUGCUGAGGUGCAGUUACAAAAAAAAAAUGUUAACAAAAUCUUAGCGUUGAUAUUUUAUAAAUAACAAUGUGCUAUGUGGUCAAAGAAUUUUUAUUUCUCAUAAUUAUAAUAAGUAGGUUCUUUUGUACAUAUUUGAUUAUUUUGUUGAAUAAAAGAUGUAUCGCGUCAGGACGAGUUACGCCUUAUAUAAAAUCGCUAAGGUCUGGCCACCUCAGAUCUUCUGUCUAUAUUUUCUAUAGUUUUGUAUAUCAAUUAAAUAAGAACUAAAAUUUCUUAAAGAAUAGUGUAUCUAUUUGACGAAGACUGUUUUACUAAAGCUUUGGUAUAGCACAUUGUAUUAUUAUUAUGCGUUACUUGAUUUUAUAUAGAAGUGAAUAAUACAUUGGACUUAUGCAACUAAUAGCUAAAGAGCUGGUGGACAUUUUUAGGUAGGCAUUUGAGACAGACCAAAAACAUGUCUGGUACCUCCAGUCUCCUAUACUACUCUAACACAAAACUAGUAGAACUAGAACUAGUGGUUACAUAGACUUAAAUGUUGAUUAGUAAUGCUAUUAUUUUAGCAAUAAAUAUCUUUGUGAAUUCUUUUUCAUACAAAAAAUAUCCUUGAGGCAAUCUGGUUUAUAUUUAAUCAGUAGUCCGCCCCCGAUUCGCAAGGAUGCCAUGUAUAAAAAUAAGCUAGUCGGGCUUUUAAAUAGUUUAGCUAAGCCAAAGCCCGACUAGAUAAAGUGGUUUAUUUAUGGGUACAAAAAUCUCUAAGCCAGUUAUGUGUUAGGAUAGUUAAAGAUGUAUAGGACAAGCUUUCCGCUCGUCUCACCUGCCCAAAAAUGUCGACGAGCUCUCGGACUAUAAUGUUAAACUGCCUUCGUGAAAUAGAACAUUAUUUAGGUAGGUAUUUAAAAAUAAUAUAGUAUUAAGCUUCUGUAAAUAUUCAAUUCUAUAUUAUUAUUACUUUUUUUGGUUAAAUUUAAUUCGAACAAGUGUCUUAAUGAUAAAUUACUUUGUAUUUUUAUAAAGACUUUAGAUAGUAUAAAAUUAUUAUAACAUUUAUUAAGAAUUUGAUAAUAGAUAACAUUAAGCCGAGAGCUGGUGAACUGUUUUAGCGUAGUUUAAUCAUCCGCCCGCUCUUGGACUACGAGUGACGUCAUUUAAAGUAACAGUCUUUCAUAGAAUUGAAAUAGGUCUAAAUAUUCCGCUAAUGGUGCUAGUUAUAACAGUGAGUGUGUGGCGCGUAGCUUACGUUCAUAUAGGUGUUACAUAUUCUGGGCUUUACUGGAUAUUAGUAACAGUAAUAGUAAUAAUGAAAAUUACUUCAUUCAGUCAGUAAAAAUAAAAAUUGCUGUGUAAAAAUAAAAAUUGCUGUGACUGUGAUCAGUACAAAUAACAAUUCUUUAUUCAAACAGGUAUAUAUAUUUACAGAAGAGUUUAUACAUAUUUUUCGGACAUUUUGUGAAGGCGUACCUAACAAAUUCUGUGAAGAAAAAAUGAAAAAUGAAAUGCAUUCUCACAGUUUGCAUGUGUGUUGUCUAUGAAACGUGACGUCACACUGACAUUUCUCGUUCAUUAAUGAACAAUUCACUAGGUAUUUCAAUUUAUUAUAGUGACAAUACCUACUUUCUCUUUGUCUCAUUAGAAAAAAUAUAUAGAAUAUUCGGUAAAGCCUCGAACUACUUAAUAAAAAAAAUAUAUUGCAUUAAUUAUACAAAUAUACUUAUACGUCCAAUUAUCCACUGCCAGCUUGUUAAAAAAUGUGGUGCUGUUUUGUCGCAAAAGCAAUGACAGUGUUGAACUGUUUAGUGGGACUUGCAAUAUUUAUUUUCAUCUACUUAAUUAAAAAACGUAUUGAAAAUAUAUUAAGAAGGUUGUCCAUAUGAACGUCAUCUCGAAAUAAAUAAAAAAUUAAAAAUAAUCGGCCAAGUGCGUGACAGGCCACGCGUAAUGUAGGGUUCCGCCAUGAAUACCUACUUAGAUGGCAGUUUUUGGAUGGUCGACUAAAAUUCUCUUCAAAUUGGUCUCGUACAACUCGAUUUUUUUUUGUAUUAAAAGGCGUAAAAGUCUAGUGUUUAUUAGGUAUAUCAAGUACAUUUUUAAAAAUAGUCAGAGAUUUUUUUUUGAGACCUUAGACACCCUGAUUACCACACAAUUACGUUUUAUUUGGAAGUCCCACAAUAAUAGUUGCAAAAAUCACAUGUGAUUUUUUGUUAUGAAUGUGUGAGAUGAUUAUUUAAUCCGAAUACAUAAAUAUAGAUAUUUGUAAGAAUUGUGAUAUUUAACUAUUGGAUUUUAUCAAUAUUAUAUAUACCUACCUAUUAAUAUUAUGCCCAUUUUCAGUAAGCUUUGUCGGUUUCAAAAUUAUUUAUGAUGAUUAUCUUCAAAAACUUGUUGCAUUUAUUUUAUUUUACGUACUUUUUAUGCUAUGUAUUUCCCAAAAAUAUAAAACGAAAAAUUAAAAUUUUGUUAUUAUUGUAUAGUUAUUUUUUGGAUUUUAAAGCGAAUGGUUUAAAAAUUUCUUAUCAUGAUUUUUUUCCUUUGCAUUGCGUAUCGUAUUGAGUUUUUACUAUUUAACAUUAAUAAUUUGAUUAAUAAAUAGAUAGAUUUAUUGCUGAUUGAUAUUUAUAUAGUAUAAUUUAAUUGUACGCUUCAAAAUAGGUGCACCUUGUAUUAAGACCUGUUAAAUUUAAAUGCUUGCACUGUCAAAUUAAAAAUCCUACAAAUAAGAGACAAACUUUGGGAACUUAUAUCCAAUUGUAUUAUAUUGAGAAACAAUUAUUAUUUAUAAUGCUUCAAUUGAUUAAAUUCAUUUUAUAUUUUUUUGAUUAUUUGUUAUAAUAAUUUGAAUCCAAACUUUGCGAACCUCAGUUAUGUUUGGUUCAGUUUGUUUUAUUAAACAAAUUACUUUGGCAACAAUUAAAAGUAUUUGGUAUAAUUAUAACACUCUAUUUUGAAAACGAGCUCCUAAUUUUUGUUGGUUUUUUUACUGUGUUUUCUGCGAUUUUGUGAUAGUAAAAUGUAUGUAUUUUGAGAGUUAGAAUGAGAAGUACAUUACUGUAAAUACAACCAAAGAAGAUUUAUUAAAAGUAUAUUUUGAAAGUUCGUAAAACAUCGUGUGUAAAUAAAAUUUGUACUAUUAUUCUUAGUUACAUUCUGUUUUCGUCAGUGUAUUGACACAGUGACUUGGCAUUAACCUCAGAAAGUUGCAUUGCAACUUAUGUUCAUUUCACAUCUGUUGACUUUUAGCUUUAGUGUAUAUUCAGAAUCGAAUAAGCGUCGCCACUUGUGCAAGUGUUAGGUAUGAAGUCUGUCUCAAUUUAAUUAAUGUUGAUAUAAUAUUAAUGUCGAUAUAAAAUAAACUAAUUUCUGGUCAGAUAUAAACAGUAUAGAACGAGAGCUUGCGAUAGUCAGACAAACCUCAUUUUUGGAAGGCUGAAAGUUUGUCAUUGCUCCUAGAAUAGGUAAGUACGAUAGUCAGUGGGAUUAAGACCGUGGUGCUUUUGGAAGGUAUACCAAAUCUAAAGCGUCAUAAGUCGUCAUAAUUUUUUUUAUGAGAAAUUAUGAGGACUUGUUCGUGGCAACCUUAGAUGAAGUUUGAUAUUUAAAAGUGGUUUUUAAAGCGAUGCGGUUUAGCUAAAAAACUAGCGAAUGGAGGCAUGACUACUCAUAUUAUGCCGAGGAAGUUAUUAAAAAUAUGCUUGAGAAUGGAACCUGUUACCCUCCAAAUCCACCACAUUCUAAUCAAAAAGGGUACCAUACUUAUUAUUAGGUAGAAUAGGCUGACAAUUUUUCAGCCUUAAUGAGGUAUGUCUGGCCAUUGCAGGUCUUAGUCCAGUACAGCUCAUGCGGAUUACCUUGACACCUGGCUCGAAUGAUGUUAGCCAGGCGUCAAGUUAAUGCGCACGAGUUAUAAGUACAAAACAAGCCAGUAUGUCAGAUGUGAAUGCUCCCUUAGAAUGUACGACUGAAAUAUGAAGUGUGAAUACACACGAUACUUAGUUAAAUAUUUUUACGGCGAGACCGCAAUUAAAAUAAUACUUUGCACUGAAUGUAUUGAACUAUGAUUUCACUUUAAUUAUAUCGUUAGGAAGUCUUUUAUUUCUCUUUGAAUAAAUGAGAUUUGCUAAAA